UAACUCAUAACAAGCAAGGAGAGGGACAACUCUUUGGUCGUUUCUUCUUCCGAUUUCCUGAUCCCCAACUUCUUCAUCAAUUAACCUUUCUCAAUAUAUUUCUUCCGUUUGGUAAUUAACUGGUAAAGUGUUUCUUCUUUACGGUAGAUCGUCCGUUCGAUGCCAUCUAGAUUACUUUGCCUCCUUUCAUCUUCUCUCCCUUAAUUAUUCCCUAUAAUUUGAAGAUCGAGAUGUGAUAGCUUUGGAUAACAUGAUUAAUCACAAGUGUCUUUGCCUUUUGUGUGGCAAUUUAGUUGAUGAUCUUAGGGGUUUUGUUUCUUGAGACAAAUUUCUAGGGUUUUGAUUCCUUUUUGAUAUUCUUAUUAUUAUUAUUUUUUCUUGAAAUGAUUGAGUCAUGGAACUAAUAGCAUGUAGUUUACUCCAUUUUCUUGAUUUCGUCUUGAUCCUCUCUUAUGGAGCUAGAUUCAAGAGCCAAGUUAUGAAAUCUCCUGCAAUUAAACGUUAGUGAUCUUGAUGAAUACUAUUUUUCAUGAUUAUAAAUUCUGACUUUCUUUAAAAAGGACCAGGAGGGUGAUAUGAUCUUCAAAGGUAGCUUUUUUAUCAUUUUCUAUGCGAUCCCAGCUUCGACACAAUUAGGGUUUUUAUUUCUAAAUAACCUUCUCUUAGUUCCUUCCAUUAAUAUUUUUGGUGUAAUUAUCUUAUGUUUUUAUCCACAAGAAAUGACAUCUUGUUGCUUGAUUGACUGGACUGAAUGUUUGCUUGACAUUAGGGCUAAUCAAUUGAAGGAAGUAAGAGGAAAGAGCAUAAACUUGAUUACUAUAUACAUAUAUAUAAUGGAAGAAGGGUUGAAAGAUCAACAUGUUCAACAACAUCAACUACCUCCUGGUUUUAGAUUCCAUCCCACAGAUGAAGAACUGAUCGCCUAUUAUCUCACAAGCAAGACCACCGAUGCCGAUUUCGAUGCUAGAGCCAUUGCAGAAGUCGACCUCAACAAAUGCGAGCCAUGGGAUCUCCCAGAGAAAGCAAAGAUGGGAGAAAAAGAAUGGUACUUCUACAGCUUGCGGGAUAGAAAAUACCCUACCGGCCUUCGAACUAACCGGGCUACGAAUGCCGGCUACUGGAAGACAACUGGGAAAGACAAGGAGAUCUUUAGCACCACCGGUAGUUCGACGGUCCUAGAAAUGAUAGGGAUGAAGAAGACAUUGGUCUUCUACAAAGGGAGAGCUCCGAGAGGCGAGAAGACUAAUUGGGUGAUGCACGAAUAUCGCAUCCAUUCUAAAUCCCCUUUAAAAGUCAGUAAGAACGAAUGGGUUGUUUGUCGCAUAUUCGCAAAGAGUGCAUCCACAACGGGAGGGAAAAAGUUGCAAUCCACAUCGAACCACCACCGCCCCAACCCCUACUACAUGCCUCCGCCUCCGUUACUUCCUUCCGUGAUGGUGCAAAACGAGUACCCUGUACAUCCCUUUGCCUUACAACGUGGUUUCAGCCAUCGCCUCCCCGAGGCCGAGCUCACCGAGCUCUCGAGGUUCUCCAAGGCCACCAAUCAAGGCGGCCCCGGCGGGUUACUGAUGAACAUGCCGAUGAUCCAACCGUCACAAGGUAAUUGCUUCCCUGGAGGUGGUUUCGCAGCUGCUACUCUCGCGAGCCUCAACUUAAACCUAGGAGGAGCACCACCACCACCUCAGAUGUUGCCUCAGCUGUUGUCGUCUCCUGCCGUCGCGACCAAUAGUAGUGGGCUUAUGGGGGCGAUGGAUGGAGGGUUUCAAAACAAUGUGGAGUCAGGUUGUUUGGAACUUGAGGGAUUCUGGCCCUCUAAUUACUGAAACAUGCAUGAGCUAUCUAGGUUAAGAGAUGUUGUAAAAAUGAUUAUAACAAUAAUAUAAUAAUGAUCUACGCAAUUAA